CCUAACGCGGCCUCCGCAGCCGAGCCGAGCCGGGCCAAACCGAGCCGGGCCGAGCCUCCCGGCGGCGGCCAUGUCGCGGGGCGCCGUGCGGGUGCUGCGCCUGGGCCCGCUGCCUUACGCCGAGGCGCUGCGGGUGCAGGAGCGCUGCGUGGGGGCGGCCCGGGCCUCAUCCUGCCGCGGUGCGGAGCCCCGUCCCCACCUUCCCCCGGCGGCGGAGAGCGUGGUGCUGAGCGAACCGGCCGGCCCCGUCUACGCCUGGGGGCUGCGGGGAGCCCCGGCGGCGGAGCUGGCGGCGAGGCUGCGGGAGAAAGGAGCGGGGCUGGCGGCGGUGCGGCGGGGGGGCCACGUUACCUUCCACGGCCCCGGGCAGCUGCUCGCCUUCCCGGUGCUCGACCUCCGGCGCCGCCGCUUGGGGCUGCGGGGCUACGUGGGGAGCUUGGCGGAGGUGGGGGUGAGGCUGUGCCGCCGCCUCGGGCUGCCCGCAGCCCGCGCCCUGCCGCCGCCGCUCACCGGGGUGUGGCUGGGGGACGGCAAGGUGGGCGCCAUCGGGGUGCACUGCGGGCACUACAUCACCUCGCACGGGCUGGCGCUGAAAUACUGCUGCACCGACCUCGCCUGGUUCGAGCACAUCGUGCCCUGCGGGCUGGAGGGGAAAGGCGUCACCUCGCUGAGCGCGAGCUGGCCGCCACGUCCCCGUCGACGAAACGUCCUCGAGCCCUUCCUCGACUGCUUCCAGGAGGUCUUCGACUGCGCCUUGGUGUUUUCGGAGGAACCGAGGACUAGGAGGGCGCCCGGGGCUGGGGGGGCGGCGGGGGGGGUCCCAGCUGCGAGCUGGGGGCUCGGCGGCGGCGAACGCCGCAUCCCGACGGGGCUGCCCCGUGCUCUGGUUUUGGGACAGGAGGCCUGGCUUUUGGGGCUGCUGGACGGCCCGAAGUGCUGUGGGGGCUGCCCGACCCCGGCCCUAUAGCUUCUCAGGCACCCGGGGGUGCUGUGGGGCGUGCCGAUGCUGUGAGGCCCCCGUGGUCUGGGGGGGUCCGGCUCCUGCUUGAGACGCUGUGAAAAUAAUGCUGCUUUUUGGUCGGGGGCCGGAUCCUGCGCGCCUCAGCCAGGGGCCGGUUAGCGCCGCGGGAAGUGCCCCAAUGACAACUUUUGUGGUGGCUCUUCCUCUCUUCCCCCAAAAAUCCAGAGCUGGGGUGGGUGCUUGCUCACCCCCGGGACAAGAGGGAGAGGCUGGGGUUGCUGAAGCGUCCUUCCUUGCUGCCACCGCACAAAAACCGGCAGAUUCUAUAUAAAGAGAGUGUCUGGGAA